AUGAAGAAACAACUUUACUGCUACUACCCUCUUGCAGUACUUGUUUUGCUGCACCAUCUAAUGAUGCCCGGCUGCACAGCCAUGAAAAGAUUAAGUUUAGGCACUGAUCAAUCCGCUCUUUUAGCCCUGAAAGCCCAUAUCACUUCAGAACGGCAUGAAUUCUUGUCAAAAAACUGGUCUUCUACAGCUGCCGCAUCCUCUGUCUGUGACUGGAUAGGAGUCCAGUGCAGCUCUCGACACCAAAGAGUAACUGCUUUAAAUAUUUCAAACAUGGGACUCACCGGCACAAUACCUCCGGAUUUGGGAAACCUCUCCUUUCUUGUUUCUCUUGAUUUGAGAAAUAACUACUUCCACGGAUGUCUGCCCGAAGAGUUGUCACACCUGCGCCGCCUGAGGUUCGUCAGGUUAACCUCUAACAACUUCACUGGAGAGAUUCCAAUGUGGUUUGGUCACUUUCCUGAACUCCGGUUCUUGUUUCUGGACAGCAAUGGUUUUAGUGGUUUUAUUCCUCCUCCUAUCUCUAACUUGUCAAAACUGGAAACCUUAAAUCUAAGAGACAAUUUCCUGGGAGGUACUAUUCCAGAAAAGAUGGGAAAUCUUUCGGUCCUCAGAGAGCUGUAUCUAUCUGGGGAUGACUUAGUUGGUCAGAUACCAUUGAGUUUAUGCAAGUUUUCUCAUCUUCAGGUGCUAGACUUGUCUAACAACAGGUUUAGCGGGCACAUACCUAAAGAAAUUGGAAAUCUGGAGAAGCUCAAGGAGUUAUACCUCAGCACCAAUAACUUAACAGGUGUAAUUCCCCGAGAGAUUGGCAAUCUGUACGGUUUAGAGCUUCUCGUAUUGGGGAGUAACAACUUGGCAGAUACUCCUACUUACUACGGAAAACAUCCACUAAAGCAAACUAAGAAGUUCCUGAAGAGGUCUAUAUUCCCUGGACGUACGAUUCCACGAGAGAUAGGCAAUCUCCAAAACCUGCAGGGGCUCAAUCUGGAAUUGAAUCAAAUCACGGGAAGCAUUCCAAGAGAAAUUGGGAAUUUGACGAUGCUUACUGAACUCUAUUUCGCCAACAACUCCGUGACAGGUACAAUACCACGAGAGAUGGGUAACCUUUACCAACUCGAGAAUCUUGAGUUGUUUUCUAAUGGCUUGAAUGGCUCCAUUCCCCCUGGGCUCUUCAACCUCUCAGCAUUGCGGAAUAUUGACCUUGCAUCUAAUCUUCUAUCAGGAAAUCUUCCGCCGGAUCUAGGAUACAGACUGCCCAAGUUAUUAGCCAUAGAUCUUGAUGGGAAUAACCUUGGUGGAGUUAUACCAGUGUCCAUUACAAAUUGUUCCCAAUUAAGAAUGCUAGAACUUUCAGUUAACGGAUUCACUGGUUCCAUUCCUGACGCCCUCGGGGACCUUAGACUUCUGCAAUUUCUAGCUCUGUAUGGCAACAAUUUAACAAGUGAUCCUACAUCUAUGGAGCUGAGCUUCAUCACUUCAUUGACAAAAUGCAAAAACUUGUAUUAUUUAUACCUGGGCCGAGACCCCUUCAAGGGGCUUCUUCCAGCUUCCGUUGGGAAUCUCUCUGCUUCUCUACAGAUAUUGCAUUUAGGAAGUAGUGAAAUCAAGGGCACCAUACCAAGUCAAACUGGCAACUUGACCAAUUUGCUAUUGCUUGAUCUACGAUCGAAUCACUUGACCGGAGGUAUUCCAACAGCAUUCAAAAAUCUACAAAACCUGCAAGGUUUGGCUGUGGAAGAUAAUAAUCUUAACGACACCUUAGAUAACCUUUGCAAUUUGCAUAGCUUGACUUUAGUAUAUCUGACCACAAACCAGUUUUCUGGGUCUUUACCAGAAUGCUUUGGUAAUAUGACUUCUCUUCGGGAUUUUAAAAUAGGAAACAACUUUUUAGUCUCUGCCAUACCUAAUAGUUUUUGGAAACUCAAAGAUCUCUUGCAGUUGAACUUAUCCUCAAACUCCCUUAAUGGUUCCUUGCCUCUUGAAGUUGGAAAUCUGAAAGCUAUAACAUCUAUAGACGUAUCAGCCAAUCAAUUCUCUGGUGACAUUCCCAGCACCACAGGUGAUUUGCAAAACCUGUUGAUUUUAAAUUUAUCCCAAAACCAAUUUCAUGGAUCUAUCCUAGAGUCAUUUGGCAAUAUGCUCAGCUUGCAAGGACUUUACUUAUCGCACAACAAUCUUUCUGGCUUCAUACCGAAGUCAUUGGAGGCACUUCGGGACCUCAAAGAGCUUGACGUUUCUUAUAACCAUUUAAGUGGUGAAAUUCCUUCUGGUGGUCACUUUAGGAACUUUACUGCAGAAUCUUUUCUGUUCAAUGAGGCAUUGUGCUGA